AUGUGCUUCCAGAGAGCUGUUGGAGAGGAGGCACUGAGCGUUGUUGCUCAAUUGGCGAGAACUUUCUGGAACUGGAGAAUUGGUCAGCAGCGCCAUACCCAUAGCACCAUGGAUGGGUUAGGGAACGGGAAAAAUCCACCUGAGAUUGAUGAGGACCUUCACAGCCGACAGCUGGCGGUUUAUGGGAGGGAAACCAUGAGGCGCCUUUUUGCGUCAAAUAUACUUAUCUCUGGCAUCAAUGGACUUGGCGCAGAAAUAGGUGAACUCUUAUCUCUAACAUCUAGACAGUCUCCUGGUGCUUCCUGUCGUAAUGCAUCGACGGUUAAAUACAAUUCUAGCUUGUUUUCGAUAUGAUAACCAUCCUUGAAGCAGGGUAAGAAAUUUUACUUACAAAAUAAACUAUCAUAAUUAAAAAAAUCGAGCACUCAUGUGCUGUGAGCGUGCAUCUUUGUUUGUGCUGGAAACUACCACUCCUGAUUCAACGUUCAUAUUAAAUAAACUUUGGCACAGUAUGUGAGCCCAUCUUUAACUUCUCUCUUGGAGGAUUGAAAGAACAGUACUGAAAUAGUUUCACUUCUAAUUUAGCUGUGAUAAAUAUUAUUCAUGUCUCGUUCAACAUAUAUACUCACUUUGACACCGUCAGAUUUAUGGAUCAGUUGCGUUGACUAAUAUGCUUGAAUCUCACCGUCAUGAACAAGAAACAUACAACUUAGACGUGGUUAGAUACAUUAUUUUAUGGCAUAUAUUUUGAUAGUUCUUCAGCUACUUUGCUGGAUCAACUGGAAUAAUUAAGACCCAAUCCUUGCAGCCAAAAAUCUAGUUCUCGCUGGCGUCAAAUCUGUAACAUUGCAUGAUGAAGGGACAGUGGACUUGUGGGACCUUUCGAGUAACUUCUUCUUGUCGGAAGAAGAUGUUGGUAAAAACAGAGCUCUUGCCUGUGUUCAGAAACUGCAGGAACUCAAUAAUGCUGUUGGGAUCUCCACCAUUACAACCAGUUUGCCUAAAGAAAUACUCUCCGGCUUCCAGGUCUGCCUUUUUUCUUCACUUGUUGUAUGCUCUGCAACUUCAUUGAACUGAGUCUUUUCCUUCUGUUUCUUUUGAGCAAUUAUUUAUGAAUCGUAGAGAAAAUGAAUGUGGGAAGCCACUGCACAUUAAUUGCACGAGUUCUAGUUUAAACUAACGGUCGAAGAUGACUGUGGUGAUUGCCUGGGUGAUUGGGUGAGGUGCGGUGGGUUGCUCCUGGUUUGAAGAAUUUAUUCAGAUCUGAAUCCGCUGAUUCAGACCAAAAUAGUUCAUCCCCUUUCUGGUUUGAAGUCAACCCUUUAAAAUUAAGAAAGUCUUGAUUCAAGCUUAAUUACCUCACAAAGAUCAAUUUUAUUUUGGUCAAGCCAAGGUCGCAAGCAUUUUCUGCUGCAGAAUAAACCAGUUUUAAAAUAGAAACGGAUGCUCCAUAACACAUGAGUUCAUUAUCACAAGGGUUUUGUCAUUGAUUGGACUCUUCAUUCACUGUGGGAAAGACGUAUAAUUAGGACUUUGGUUUCUUAAUCGGGCCGUUUUCUAGUUAGGUAGUUUCCUAGUUUUGUGGCCCUAGUCCUUGGAUAUAAUGGUCAUCAGUGAAGUCAACACGAGUCAUGUUUUUCCUCUGCAUAUCCUCCUACGUUUGCACUACUGUUCAUGACAUUCGGCUUUCCUUGAAACUAGUAGAAGAUUCAAAUCAGAAGAAGAAGCUCAGGAAGACGAGGAGGUUGUAGAUUGUAGUCCCCUUCUAGUGAAUAAAAGGGAGGGAAUGCUAAUAGAAACCAAAAAAAAAGGACAGUACGGAGAUAACUUUGGAAUAAAAAUGGAUCACUCUGUUUUCCAUCCACAACUGGCAUCUGCGAAGUAUUUUUCCAUUUAUUCCCCCUUCCUGAGAAUAUGUUAAGGAUCAAGGACUUGAUUUGCUGAAAGGAGGAAUAAAAUGACGGUUCCCUUCAUGCAGAGCACCCUGAAUUUGUCCUUAGAUGUUUUCAUUUUCUAGUUGAUUGUUCUAAUCACUUCAGGUUCUGAUGUUGAUUCAUUUUUAUUUGACAAUCCGUGUACCUUGGGUGAAGUGUUAAGGCCUGCUUUCAUAAGAUAUCUAUAUCUUUGGCAAGUUUUUGAUGUUUCUGAACCUGUGAAAAUAAUUUUAAAUGGUUUAGGAAAUUCAAUUAGGUUAUUUCAUAUUCUAUCUCUUCUCGACUUCCCAUAGUUCCCCUUGAACAUUUUUAGCUGCUCUGAACUUGUGACUGUGGAUUUUCCUGGAGUUCACAUUCUCCCUCACAAAUUAUAACAAACUUGAUCCCCAUUUCGCACAACUUUAUCUUCCAUGCUGAGGAAUCUGUUGAUCGCUAAGGAUCCCAGAUAAUUGCAUUAUUUCCCGUCUUUACCUUCUUAAAGCGGAAAUGUAGCAACUUGAAAUGGCUCUUUUACGUUACGUCUCAAUUUUCUACUUGAUUAAGAUGCGCGUCUAUUAUUUUUUUCCCACUAAAAUUAAACCGCAUAUUUUCUCCCCUAUUCUUAAUCGUACCGAAAUGUUUUGUCUUUUUGGAUUGCCUAUUGUUAAUUUCAAUCAUUAUGCAUCUUUCAGCCGAAACACUGUUACAAGUAUCCCCAACCUCGAUUUUGAAAAAGAAACUAGGGAUGCAUCCUUGUCUUCUCAACUUAUUUUUUAAUGUCCAUGGUUUCAUUUAUAGAUUUCUUGAUGUUUUCUCCAACGUUUUGUCCUCAUGAUCCAUACUUAUAAGCAAAUCACAAAAAAGAAAAUGUCAAGUUACAUUCGUUUCUAAUGUAAGAUAAACUUCAUAACAUUCCAUUUUGGUUAGGUUAAAACUAAUUCUCUAUUUGAAUCAUCUAGGUCUUUUGAUAUAAUAUAUUGUCAUCCAAUUUUGUAAUGACUUUCAUGAAGUCAAUCUUGAAUUUGAUCAAUUUUGUGAUAAAAAUUUUCAAUUCUAGUUCACUCGGAUGCUAGUCACUUAUGCAAAUAUUUUUAGAGGUCUUUGGGGGUUGGCUACCUUAGUUGGAGACUUAGCUGAAGUUUUAUGGAGAUAAAAUCUCAUCCUAGAAUCCACAAGAAACAAAAUUUCUGUGAAGAUAACUCGCCCUUAAUCAAUAGAACAUAGAAGAUUCGACCAUUGCAUCUGCAUGGGGGUGAUCUUAAAUCCAAAGACCAAGAAGGUUCCCUUGAUUUUUAUCCACAAGGGAGCCAAUGGAAUCCAGCAGCAAGGAAAUAUAAUAUUGUAAAAGGAGAGAAUAAUGGCUCCCUUGUGGAUAAAAAUCUUGAAUAAUGGCUCUAGGGCUAUAAUGAGAGCCUUGAAAUAGGCCAAAAGAUUUUUAGGACACCCCUAAAUAGGCAGUUUUGUUAUGAUGGUGCAUUAAAAACGGUUUUAAGGAGAAUUUAACUAAAUUAAAAAAAUGUCUAAAAGUGGAAAAAUGAAAAGCAUGAAAAUUAAUUUAUGGUGUGUUUAUGACACAUUUUAUUAUAGGCCAACGCUGGUUUGGGUUAAUUAUGGCCCAAAUCAGAGUUGACCCAGCAUUUUUCCGGCCACUUGGGUCAAAAAGCUUUCGACCUUCUCUUGUGGUAGAUGUCCUAUAUCAGAUUCCCUUACAGAGAAAAAGACUCGUCCUCAAGUUUGACUUUCAGUAUGGGCCAAUUUUGAGAAUCUUUGAAAUUUGUUUGACAGCCGCUCUUGUGCUCACAAUCAACGUCAUCAAAGGCUUUAUAUUCUAUUGGACCACGUGGCAUCUUUGCAUGAAUAAACUUGAGGACAUCAAAAGUUGAUGAACCUUCAUGGGAUUGAAUUCUUGAUGCAAAAAAACAAAUAAAAUAUCAAAAGUCCGGCUUGAAAUGCAUAAGGCACCAAAUAAGAGUUGUUCAAGAAUGAAAAUCAGACCUGGAGUGUACAAGAUGCGAAUUUCUCUCAAUUCUUGAAUACGAACGGACUAAUCUUGAUGAUCCUUGAAUCCAUAGGGAUCGCACAAAUCUUCUUUUGAUGCCAUAAUGUCCUCCAACCUUGCUCUAAUAUCAAUUGACAUAGUUAGAGCUGUAUGUAGAAGAAAUCUGGUCCCGGAAUCCAUAAGAAACAAAAUUUCUAGUGAGAUUUUGCUCUGAAUCUACAGAACUUGGAAGCUUCGACUCUUGAGACCACAAGAUCAUGAGGGUUCAUUUGAAUCCGUUAGGGAGGCGUCAGAAUCUAACAACAAGGAGAUAGAAUCUCGAAAAGUGAGAAAUUUCGGUGCCAGAAUCUAACAACAAGGAGAUAGAAUCUCGAAAAGUGAGAAAUUUCGGUGUCAGAAUCUAACAACAAGGAGAUAGAAUCUCGAAAAGUGAGAAGUUUCGGUGUCAGAAUCUAACAAGGAGAUAGCAUCUCGAAAAGGUCGAAAUUUUGUAAUGCUGAAUGAUGCUUCCAGGGCUACAAGAUAAAUAGGUCAAAAAAAUUUAGGGCGUCUCUAGAAAGACAGUUGUAUUAUGAUAACAUCUUAAAACACCUUUAACGGGUAUUUAAAUAAAUUCAAAACGACUAAAAGUGGCAAAAAAUAAAAGCGGGAAAACUAAUUUAUGAUGCAUUUCAUUACUGGUCAACUCUGAUUUGGGCCAUUUAUCGUCUCCUGAUCUUUGUAGCCCAUCUUUGAAGCUUCAUGAAUACUUGGCCCACCAUUUCAUUGUCCGCUUGAACCAAAAAGCUUUCGGCCUUCUCUUUGUUGUAGUCGAUGUCCUACAUCGGUUGGAGCUAAAAGAUAUAGCAGAAGAAUUAAGGGAGAAGAUGCUGAUGCAUUAGUAGGAAAGGCACCGUGUGAUUUAGCAUCUGCACACUCUAAACCAGUCUGUAAGCAGUAUUCUUAUUGAUCAAGAGGAAAUAUUGCAGAAUAAUUUCUUUUUCUUUAUAUUCACGCUCUUAAUUGAGGUGGUCUACAGAAAAAGUUCAGUUAAUAUUACUUAAAGUUGCUUAAAUUGUGAGAUCCCAACGCAUUUUUCUUUUUGAUGGUUUGAACUUCCUGCUUGAAUGAUGUGAGAAUUUUGCAUCAUUAAAUAUACCUGUGAAAUCAUUUUGGCACCCAGUUGCUAAUAGUUUCUGAAGCAAUGAGUGCUGAUCCUAGUCAACGUAAGCACCGACUUCUUGAGUCAUUUGCUUUAGAAACGAUGCAGGCUGUUGUUUUCACUGAGAUCAGUCUGGAGAAGGCGAUUGAAUUCGAUGAAUAUUGCCACAACCACCAGCCUCCCAUCUCCUUCAUCAAAUCUGAGGUCCGAGGCCUUUUUGGGAACAUCUUCGUUGACUUUGGCCCAGAAUUCACAGUCGAUGAUGUUGACGGCGAGGAACCACACACUGGUAUAAUUGCGUCCAUCAGCAAUGACCAUCCCGCCCUCGUGUCCUUCGUUGACGAUGAACGACUCGAGUUCCAAGAUGGCGAUCUGGUUGUCUUCUCAGAGGUUGAGGGCAUGCCAGAGCUCAACGAUGGAAGACCGAGGAGGAUCAAGAACACCAGGAUGUAUUCAUUCUAUCUCGAGGAAGACACGACCAAGUACGGGCCUUAUGUGAAGGGUGGCAUAGUCACCCAGGUCAAGCAGCCCAAGGUCUUGAGAUUCAAGCCCUUAAGAGAAGCAAUGAGAGACCCCGGAGACUUUCUUCUGAGCGACUUCUCAAAGUUUGACCAUCCCCCACUGCUGCACCUCGCCUUCCAAGCGCUGGACCGGUUCAGGAGCGAUCUUCAACGCUUUCCUGGGGCGGGUUCCGAGGAGGAUGCCCAGAAGCUGAUCCAACUGGCCGCCGCAGUCAACGAGACCAUGGGGGAGAGCAAGCUGGAGAGCCUGGACGAGACGCUCUUGAGACUCUUCGGCAGCGGGUCCCGGGCCGUCUUGAACCCCAUGGCGGCCAUGUUCGGUGGCAUCGUCGGCCAGGAGGUUGUGAAGGCCUGCUCUGGAAAAUUUCACCCUCUUUUUCAGGUGAGCUUUUCUUCUUCUUCUUCUUCUUCUGAUGCUGAUUCUGAUUCUGAUUCUGAUGGCUAUGGGUGUGUUUGAAAACUUGGGCAGUUCUUCUACUUUGACUCUGUCGAGUCGCUUCCCAAAGAGGCGCUGGAGGCCGUUGACCUGAGGCCAUUAAACAGCCGCUACGACGCACAGAUUUCCGUAUUCGGAUCCAAGCUUCAGAAGAAACUGGAGGAGGCCAAGGUGUUCGUGGUCGGGUCCGGCGCCCUCGGCUGCGAGUUCUUGAAGAACCUGGCCCUGAUGGGAGUUUCAUGCGGCCCUCGGGGGAAGUUGACCGUGACAGACGACGACGUGAUCGAGAAGAGCAACCUCAGCCGCCAGUUCCUCUUCCGGGACUGGAACAUCGGGCAGGCCAAGUCCACCGUCGCCGCCUCCGCCGCCUACUCGAUCAACCCCAGCUUCCACGUCGAAGCCCUCCAGAACCGGGUCAGCCCGGAGACGGAGGACGUCUUCAACGACGCCUUCUGGGGGGGCCUGGACGUCGUGGUCAACGCCCUCGACAACGUAAAGGCCCGGAUGUACGUUGACCAGAUGUGCGUCUACUUCCAGAAGCCGCUGCUGGAGUCCGGGACGCUCGGCCCCAAGUGCAACACCCAGAUGGUCAUUCCCCACCUGACGGAGAACUACGGCGCCUCCAGGGACCCCCCAGAGAAGCAGGCCCCUAUGUGCACCGUACACUCCUUCCCACACAACAUUGACCACUGCCUCACCUGGGCCCGCUCAGAGUUCGAGGGCAUGCUCGAGAAGACCCCCGCCGAAGUCAACAAGUUCCUCUCCAGCCCCGGCGAGUACGCCGCCGCCAUGCGCACCGCCGGCGAUGCUCAGGCGAGGGACUUGCUGGAGCGCGUCCUCGACUGCCUCGACAAGGAGAUGUGCCAGACCUUCCAAGACUGCGUCGCCUGGGCCCGGCUCAGGUUUGCCCUCUCUCCUUCCCUCUCUCCUGCUUGGAUUCCUUUCUAUAUUCUUCUGUCUCUGUCUCUGUCUAUCUCUGUUAUUCUUAUAGUCAGAUUGGAGGACUACUUCCCUCUUUGGAUUUCUUUCCAUAUUCCUCACUGUCUCUCUCUCUCUCUCUCUCUCUCUCUCUGUGUUAUUCUUAUGGUCAGGUUUGAGGACUACUACUUCAACCGGGUGAAGCAGCUGACGUUCAUCUUCCCGGAGGACGCAGGGACGAGCAGCGGGCUGCCGUUCUGGUCCGCCCCGAAGCGGUUCCCCGUGGCGCUGCGGUUCUCGGCCGGCGACCCGAGCCACCUGGCCUUCGUUGCGGCGGCGGCCAUACUAAGAGCGCAGACCUUCGGGAUCGCCGUGCCAGACUGGGCCAGAAGCCUGGAGAAGCUGGCCGAGGCCGUUGACCGGGUGGUGGUUCCCGAGUUCCAGCCCAGGGAAGGAGUGAAGAUUGAGACCGACGAGAAGGCCACCAGUUUCUCCGCCUCAUCCGUGGACGAGGACUUUGUCAUCAACGAGCUCAUCGAGAAGCUCGAAACCUGCUCCAAGAAGCUCCCCCCCGACUUCCGGAUGAACCCCAUACAGUUCGAGAAGGUCCAAAUCCUCCCUCUACUCUCUCUCUGUCUUUCUCUUUCUUGGGCUAACAAGCGACAGCCUUCUCCUCCCGUGGCCGGCAGGAUGACGACAGCAACUACCACAUGGAUUUGAUAGCGGGGCUGGCGAACAUGCGGGCGAGGAAUUACAGCAUCCCGGAGGUGGACAAGCUCAAGGCCAAGUUCAUCGCCGGUAGGAUCAUCCCCGCCAUCGCCACGUCCACGGCGCUGGCCACCGGGCUGGUCUGCCUCGAGCUCUACAAGGUGCUGGCCGGCGGGCACCGGGCGGAGGACUACCGGAACACCUUCGCCAACCUGGCCCUCCCGCUGCUGGCCAUCUCCGAGCCGGCGGCGCCCAAGGCGGUGGAGCACGGCGGCGCCCGAUGGACCGUCUGGGACCGGUGGGUCGUCCGGCAGAACCCGACGGUGCGGGAGCUCCUGGACUGGCUCAGGGCCAAGGGUCUCGACGCAUACAGCGUCACCUGCGGGUCGUCGCUGAUCUACAACAGCAUGUUCCCGAAGCACCGGGAGAGGCUCGACAUGAAGGUGGUGGAUGCGGCGAAGAUCGAGAUCCCUCCCCACAGGAACCACCUUGACGUGGUGGUCGCGUGCGAGGACGACGACGGGGAAGACGUCGAUGUCCCCCUCAUCUCCGUCUUCUUCCGCUGA